CUUCGUAUUUCCUUCUUAACCAAGGUAACAGCACUUGCUACUUCUCUCCGUAGUCUACUCGAAACCCUAAUGGCGGCGAUUGAAGACGACGAAGUCUCACUGAUACUCGAAGAACAGCGUGAAGAAAUCAUGGCGGCUAAAACCAUAGCCUGCGACCACGAUUUAGCUUUCAAUCUCCAAAUGCAAGAAGCCCUAGCGGUUUCUCGAGCAGCCUACACCUCCUCCGUCCCGGAUUCUCCCACCGGAGACGCCGCAACCGUCGAUUUCACCGGCGCGGAGGAAGAAUUUGACUUCACUUCUCUGAUUCUACAAGACAUUGCUCGAGCCGAUCAAGAGAGGAGAGAUCGUGAGUUUGGUGAACAGGAGAUGAAGAGACUCAAAGUUGAUCUCGACCGUCGGAUUCAUGAUCAGAAGUUUGCUAAAGAGCUUAUGAAUAUCCCUGAAGGAGAUUGGAGCAAACACGGUGACAAUUACCAAAAGCCGUACUCUCUCGGUGCUGGGUCUUCUUCAUCCUCUGCUAUUGGGAAUGAGAGCUUUAGGGUUUAUUGUAAAGGUUUGGUGAGUGAAGAGAUGAUUGGAGAUACGAGAGCUAUGGUUGGUGGUGCUGGUGUUGCGAUUUGUGAUUCGACUGAUAAUUUGAUUUGGGAAGUGAAGAAGGUUUUGGGAGCUGAAGAGUCUAAAAGCCCUGAAAUUGCGGAAUUGGAGGCGCUUCUUCAUGGGUUAGAUGAAGCUUUGACCUUUGAUUUGGGAAGAGUUACGUUUUUCAUUGAUCAUUUCAAGGUCUUCCAAUACGUGACAGGUAGGGUGGAACCAAGGCAAAGCGCAGUUGCGACACUUGUGAACCAAGUGGCUGUACUCCAAAAGAAAUUCUCAUAUUGCCAACCAUCACUUUUGACAAGAAAUGAUGUUAAGUUUGUCUUCAAGCUCGCAAGAGGUGCUAUUGUGUCUCAAAUUAAGUGGCCUGAGGAAACUAGUAAAGGCAAGACCUUCAAGGAAACUUGUGUGAUUUGUUACGAAGGCAUCACUGUUGACAAGAUGUUUUCGGUAGAUGGUUGUUUCCACCGUUUCUGCUUUUCCUGCAUGAAACAGCAUGUGGAAGUGAAGCUACUAGGAGGACAAACUGCUAGUUGUCCGAGCGAAGGGUGCAAAUCAGAAGUAAAGAUCGAGUGCUGUGCAAAAUUUUUGGAUCCUAAGCUGGUUAAUGUGAUGAUCCAACGCAAGAAAGAAGGCUCAAUUGGUGUUACAGAUAAAGUUUACUGUCCAUAUCCAAAAUGUUCGGAGCUGAUGGUCAAAGCCGAAGUCUUGGAAUAUACCAAACAGUUUUUCGUUGGUGCUGAGCAAUCUGGAGCAAGAAAAUGCAUGAAAUGUGGGCAUUUUUUCUGCACCCAGUGCAAGGUACCGUGGCACUAUAACGUCACCUGCAAUGACUUCAGUAAAACAAAGGGCUAUCAGAAUGCUGGUGAUGGAAUGCUGAAGUCUCUGGCACAGAGCAAGCGGUGGAGACAAUGCAUUAAGUGUAACAACAUGGUUGAGCUUGUGUGGGGAUGCUACCAUAUAACCUGCAGAUGCGGAUAUGAGUUUUGUUACACAUGUGGAGCUGAAUGGAAGAAGAAGAAAGCAACAUGUUCGUGCCCGAUCUGGGAUGAGCGUAACAUAAUCCGUGAAAGGAAUGCGAUCCCCCCUAGGAGGUGACUGGUUCUUUUGUUGCGUGAAAAAAUUAGGUAGCUUAAUCUGAUUUUGGAAUCAAAAGACCAGUAGUGGUUAGCUUGGGUUUUAGUGGUUUUUCGAGCUGAUCCAGACUUCUUCGGUGUUUUAGUUUCGAUCUUCUAUUUCGGUUUGUUGAUGCUAGUAAAAGAAAUGACAUUUUUAACUUGAAUGUUCAAGAUCGGAGGUUAAAUUGAAACUUGUCAUCUCCGGAUGAAACUGAAA